CAAAAAACCAUCGAAGACUGUAAACGCCGCAGGCCGUCUACGGCUGCCAAACUAGCACGCGGAGCGGUCACAAGCCUUCCGCAGUACAGUCACCCGCCACACGAGCGCGCGCUUGGACCACGGUGCAAGCCAAGGCGCUAAAAGCAGGACAGACCUCCAUAGCACGCCGGCCGCCGCGAGCGUGCACCUAAGGCCCCGAAAGCACACAGCUACACGCAAAGCAAGAUGUCCGCCGACGUCUCCAUGCCGCCGGCCUCCGGCGACGUGCGGGAGGUGACGCGCAUCGAACGCAUCGGCGCGCACAGCCACAUCCGCGGAUUGGGACUCGACGACUGCCUCGAGCCCCGACAAGUCUCGCAAGGCAUGGUCGGCCAGCACGCCGCUAGAAAAGCGGCUGGAGUGGUCUACAAGAUGAUCGCGGAAGGGCAGAUCGCCGGCAGGGCCAUUCUGUUGGCGGGGAAGCCGGGAACGGGCAAGACCGCAAUUGCGAUGGGCCUCGCGCAAGCCCUGGGCGACGACACGCCCUUCACGUCGAUUGCGGGCUCCGAGAUCUUCUCCCUGGAAAUGAGCAAGACCGAGGCGCUGACGCAGGCGUUCCGCAGAAGUAUCGGCGUCCGCAUCAUGGAGGAGACGGACAUCAUCGAGGGAGAAGUGGUGGAGAUCCAGACGGACCAGCCCGCCGCCGGCGAGGCCGCCGCCGAGAAGACGGGGCGCGUGACGCUCUGUACGACGGAGAUGGAGACCGUGUACGACCUCGGCGCGCGCAUGAUCGAGGCGCUCCAGAAGGAAAAGGUGUCCGCCGGCGACGUCAUUAGUAUCGACCGGGCCUCGCACCGCGUGACGAAGCUCGGGCGGAGCUUUACCAGAUCAAGAGACUACGACGCCAUGGGUCCCAGUGUCCGCUUCGUGCAAUGCCCCGAAGGAGAACUGCAGAAGCGCAAGGAAGUGGUCCACACCGUUUCCUUACAUGAGAUCGACGUGAUCAACUCGCGAGCGCAAGGGUUCUUGGCGUUAUUUGCGGGCGACACGGGCGAGAUCAAGCCCGAGGUGCGGGAGCAGAUCGACGCGAAAGUGGCCGAGUGGCGCGAGGAGGGCCGCGCGACCAUCGUGCCCGGCGUGCUGUUCGUCGACGAGGUGCACAUGUUGGACAUCGAGUGCUUCUCGUGGCUGAACCGAGCGCUGGAGUCCGACCUGUCACCGGUGCUCAUCACGGCCACCAACCGAGGCAUCGCCAAAAUCCGCGGCACGCAGUACAAGUCGCCUCAUGGUUUACCGCUCGAUUUGUUGGAUCGACUGAUGAUCAUCUCCACCACUCCUUACAGCGAGGAGGAGAUGAGAAAAAUUCUCACGAUCAGAUGCGAGGAGGAGGACGUCGAGAUGGAAGAUGAUGCUCUAGAUCUCUUAACGAGGAUCGCCAUGGAGGCGUCCAUGCGCUACGCGAUCCAGAUGAUCACGACCAGCUCAUUGGUGGCCUCGAAGCGGAAAGGGUCUGCCGUCGAAAUUCAAGACAUCAAAAGGGUCUACGGCCUCUUCGUCGACCUGAAGCGGAGCACGCAGUUCCUGAUGGAGUACCAGAAGGACUUCAUGUUCAACGAGCUGGCCGAGGAGAGCUCGUCGGACGAGGAGGACGAGGACUGAUUUUUGUUACGCGCGCCCUGCGUAACCUCACGUAUCUUUC